GGGCCAGAGUUGUCUGGGGAGGGUUAUGAAGGCCAGACCCUGUGGUCUGAGCAGCCUGUGUCUGUCUCAGCAGCUGCUUUUGGGGGUCGCUCCGUUUGUGUUUGUUGAGCAAUGUGCUAGACGCUCCGUUUACAGGCCAAAUUAGCCACGGUUUCUACCCAGUUCUGCAAAGAUGUUCCGUCUUGUUGAGGAAUGGUGCGUAAAAACAAGUGCAUCUAUGGUGAAGGUGGUUGAUGGCGAUGAAGACGGCAGGGUUGGGGUGGGGAGCAUUCUGCUGAGACCAGGAAGAGGGGCCGAGAGGUACUUAACAUUUCAAAAGGAGGGGACAUCUGAAUUGAAGCUUGAAUGAAUUUCCGUGUGGAUGUAGUACACAUGGAUGAAAACUCACUGGAGUUUGACAUGGUGGGAAUUGACGCAGCCAUUGCCAAUGCUUUUCGACGAAUUCUGUUAGCUGAGGUGCCAACUAUGGCUGUGGAGAAGGUCCUGGUAUACAAUAAUACAUCCAUUGUUCAGGAUGAGAUCCUUGCUCACCGUCUGGGGCUCAUUCCCAUUCAUGCUGAUCCCCGUCUUUUUGAGUAUCGGAAUCAAGGAGAUGAAGACGGCACAGAGAUAGAUACUCUACAGUUUCGUCUCCAAGUCAGAUGCACUCGGAACCCCCAUGCUGCUAAAGAUUCCUCUGACCCCAACGAACUGUAUGUGAACCACAAAGUGUAUACCAGGCAUAUGACAUGGAUCCCCCUGGGGAACCAGGCUGAUCUUUUCCCAGAGGGCACUAUCCGACCAGUGCAUGAUGACAUCCUCAUUGCUCAGCUGCGGCCUGGCCAAGAAAUUGACCUGCUCAUGCACUGUGUCAAGGGCAUUGGCAAAGAUCAUGCCAAGUUUUCACCAGUGGCAACAGCCAGUUAUAGGCUCCUGCCAGACAUCACCCUCAUUGAGCCCGUGGAAGGGGAGGCAGCUGAAGAACUGAGCAAGUGCUUCUCACCUGGUGUUAUUGAGGUGCAGGAAGUCCAAGGUAAAAAGGUGGCCAGAGUUGCCAACCCCCGGCUGGAUACCUUCAGCAGAGAAAUCUUCCGGCAUGAGAAGCUAAAGAAGGUUGUGAGGCUUGCCCGGGUUCGAGAUCAUUAUAUCUUCUCUGUUGAGUCAACGGGGGUGUUGCCACCAGAUGUGCUGGUGAGUGAAGCCAUCAAAGUACUGAUGGGGAAGUGCCGGCGCUUCUUGGAUGAACUAGAUGCGGUUCAGAUGGACUGAGCUUGGAUGUUCCUGAGGCAAGCUGAAGCUUUGGGUUCUGACUGACCCACCCUACAGGACUGCUGUACAGAGAGCCCAGUGUGACUAGGGAUCCUGAGUUUUCUGGGACAAUUCCAGCUUUAUUUUUAAUCAAUACAUUUUGUUAAAUGUGCCAUAAAAUGAGACUUUUAGGCCUUUAUAAGGCCUUAGAUGUAAAUAAACUCAUGUCCAAACAA